AGGAGUAUGUCCUGGAGCAGAUAGACUGGACCCAUGCCCAGGGAGGCCGGGUGGGAGCCGGAGACGGGAAGGGUGAAGCCCGGGUGGCUGGCGGCAGCAGCCAUGAAGGGCCGGCAGCAGAGGUGCAGGUGGGCUCAGCCCUGGACCCUGCUCUUGCUUCUCUUAGGUCCACAGCUCCUGGUGACUUAUGGCUGGCGUCCGCAAGGGGACGAGAAUAGUGAAAACAGAAAUACCUUGGAGCUUUACUUUCCUGCCGUCGUGGAGUAUGUCUUACACGUGUACAACCUGAGGAGCCCGGACAGGAAUGCUUACAAAGUGGUGCGUGUACUGCAGUCGUGGCAGGAAUUGAGAGAAAUAGGCCUGGUGUUCUCCAUGGAGCUGCAGUUCGCCCGAACCAGGUGCAGGAAAUUUGAUGAAGACAUCGACAACUGUCCUUUUCAAGCAACUCCAGACGUGAACAAUGUAAGACACAUACCAGCCACCCUCGGGUUACAGGGCCAUGGACACUGCAUCAGGGCGGGCGGUAUGGGGAGUGAUGAUGACGCCAUUCCAAAGGACACUGAGGGGUCAUCUGCAGGAUGGGCCAGCCAGACCGUCACCUGCUUCUUCACGGUCGACUGUGAACCCUGGGCGACCAAGUUCCAACUCCUGAACGACACCUGCUUGGGGGGCUCCGCCAAGUGAGGCCACACCCCAGCCUGGGGGCACCCCGCCACCCUGUUGUGUCCCUUCAGUGUCCAAGAGGCUCUGGUUCUGUUCUCUGGAUGAGCAGCUGUCUCAGGGUCACGCAUGGGCCACGCGAACAUGCCUCCCUCUCCAUGUCACCCUGUAGAAUUGGUCAUUAAACGUCAGCAUUGCAAGCA